CCGACAGCACACGAACGGACUGCCAUAAGCCAAUAGUAUCGUGACUAUCGAUGACAAGUCCCCUUGGACCUGAUGGCUGUAGAGAAAGACGCAGACUGACAAAGGAUAAGGCGAAAAAUUACUUACUUUACUAGCCGAGACGUGCACUUGGGUAUUCGAGGUAUGAAACAAGCAAGAACUCAACAACCUAUCGACGCCAUUUUGCAGAAGCGCAUUGAGCGGUAAUAAACAUGUAAGUUAUUCGGGCGUGAUUCGAUUAUUUGCGUCCUCGCGCCUAGAUUAGGUGCUCUCGAGGUUGGAUUGGGCCAGGGGGGGCAACGGGUGGCAAUACCCACCAUUCGGGAUUGAGUAGAUCAUAAGCAAAGCGUACAAAGAAGGUAGAAGUUACAUGUAGCUACAGACGCGUCGAGAAUGGGGUUUGCCUUUGAUUUGUGGUGGCGUCGAGAUGAGGCUCUCGGGGAUAAGGCGGGGGAAAGUGAGAAGGUGACAGGGAUCGGCGCGGGCCCGUGCGAGGCGCUAAAAUCUACCGUGACUUCAUUGACAGGCAGGCUGCAGCCGUCGACGCACACAUUUCACUCUUCACUCUGCUGCUAUUGUCCCUCGCUAUUCAGCCUUUGCACUUUUCUCGCCUUCGCUGCGACCUCGUCUCUCUCAUUCUCCCUCAAGAAUGAACACCUCUCAAUCCCUCUCCACCACCGCUCUCCAUUGCGCUUCCCGGUGAAGAGAGCUUGUGCGCCACAUUCACCAGCUUGCGACGCAUCUUUCACAUCCCUCGACCCUUCCGACUCCUCCAAAUCCGUCUCCCACCGUACUUCCACCAUGUCGCACUCCACCACCGAUCUGUCCCCACCCGUCGAACCGUCGAACCCGACCAUGUCUCCGUUCGCCUCGUCUG